CGGCCUCACCUCCUGAGCCGCAUGAAGAGGAGGCGGCGCAGGCCCCGGGAGGCCCUGGCCCCGGCCACCUGGGGAGGAGCCUCUAGCGCUGCAGUAAGGGCCACGCUGGAGGCGCCUGAGGAGAAGGUGGUGUACACGCGGUGGCAACCGUCGCCACUGUCGCUGACCAACAGCAGCAAGGCGCUGAUCGACGCUUUCAAGCUAUUCGUGCCCGGCAGCACGGAGUUCAUGAGCUCAGACGCGGAGCUCUGGAGCUACCUCUGCAGCCUCAAGCACCAGUUCUCCCCCCGCAUCCUGCGCAGCAAGGACGUCUAUGGCUACUCCUCCCUCCUGGCCCAGGUUCCGGACCACCGGCACCAGCCCCCCAAGGCCCGCCUCCAGACGCGCCGGCGAGCUGCCAGGAGGAGGCGCCACGGAGCCCGGAAGGUCGCCGCCGGCCAGAGGAAGGUGCCGCCCCCGCCGCCGCAGUCCCGCGAGGACAGCAGCCCCCGCAAGCCCACGGCCCCCGGGCCCAGCUCCGGGGGCCGCACCCUGGAGGAGAGUGGGAGGGCAGCCACCCCAACGCUGACCACCUCGCCCAGCAUCCGCGUAGUCGGCGACGUGUGGGUCGAGAGCAGCGUGGCAGAAGCGCGGCGCCAAGCGCGCCAAGUCCUGGGAGUGAACCUGGAACCCGUGGUGAGACUCCGCCGCGUCCCAGUGCCUGGGCGUGAGAUGCGGGCCACAGCCGCCCGACCUCCCAGCCCCGGGACCGGUUGUGCCUGGAGGGAUGAAGCA